UACUUCUAACUAUGCUGAAGGACAAGUUGUUAAGUUUUCAGAUAUCUUUAUUUAACGAUAAACACCAAUUGUCUUUUGCUGGAAUCUUUUAAACUUCAAAAUGUAUCAUCCUGUUUUAACUCAUCAACUCGCCACCAGAUGACGAUUAGUCGAUUAAAGUGAGCACAUCUCUAUACCUACCUCGGCAACAUCUCUAGCUCGGGUAUCUGUCAAUGCCAUUUGUCAUGUGUGUCAGUGUGUUUUGACGCGUAGGACAUAGCGUACACAGAAAAAGUACUUUCCUACGUAUGAUUUUGCAUAAUUUUCCAGUAGUUUGCCGUGGAAAACAGAAGUAAAUUGGCCGUUGUUAACAUUAGAAAAAAGUGUAAAAUUUGCAACUGUCUGCUGAAAGGGCUGGUGUAUACCAGAGCCAACAUGAGGCGAAGCUAGCUAGACGGGGCUUGGCUGAGACGAGCUUCAGAUCGACGGACAGCUACCCAGAAAACGUUUGAUAACAGAAUUUCUUUUUUAAUAAAAACAUUUUUAUAGUCCGCCCAUUGUAUACUGUAAGAACGUUGGCAAAACGCUCUUAUAACAGCUAUACAAGCGGAACGAGCACACCUAAUAGGACACUUCAGGUUGUAUAAGGGCUGCAGGUAACAGUUAUACAACAAAGGUGUAAACCUCUUGCAGCCGCUAUAGAACAUUUGCGUCAGUGCAAGAUUCAGUUUUUGUCAACUAUACAACUAUUAAGUUACAUGAUUCUACUUUAUUGCAACCAAACUAUUUCUUAUAUAUUGUAUAGGCGAA